AUGGCGAAACGAUUAUUUAAGCAAAUAAAACAUCUAUUUUCAGUCCCUUUGGUGAACAUCAGCGUAGUCGAAGGAAGGCCUGCCGAAUUGCCGUGUGACAUUACUCCCCCUGGUGAAGACACGCUGCACAUGGUUUUCUGGUUUAAAGACGAAGCCGGAGUACCGCUGUAUACAAUCGAUGCGCGAGAGAAGCCAGUGACGAAGGCACACCACUCAUCGGAUUCCGGCGUUUUUGGUCCACGCGCCUUUUUCCGAACGUCUUUUCCAAGCCCAGCGGUUCUGGUGAUCGAUGAUAUAAAGCGGCAUGAUGCGGCGACGUACAGAUGUAGAGUGGAUUUCCGGAAGGGCCAGACGCGCAGCUUCCGGUAUAAUUUGACCGUGAUCGUUCCACCAGAGCAGCCAACCAUUUUGGAUCGAUGGGGCCGCAUCUUGAACGGCACAGCUGGCCCUUAUGAGGAAGGCGAUACACCCUAUCUCACAUGUCGCGUCACGGGUGGUAAGCCGCAACCAAUGGUUAGAUGGCUCAUAAACGGCCGGGUGAAAGAUGAGGAAUACGAAAAUAAUGCUGGAGACGUAAUCGAGAAUAGAUUAACGCUGCAGCCCAUCAGCCGCUCUGACCUUGGCUCAAAUUUUACCUGCGAAGCGCGCAACACGGACUUGGUGGAUUCAAAAGAGGCAUCGAUUUCUCUGGAUCUCAACUUGAAACCUCUGUCUGUGAUCAUAAGAAGACCGGGUAGGAAAGGAAUCGGCAAUGAGUCUCUCCUGGCGGGGAAGCGAUACGACAUGGAGUGCGAGACCACAGGUUCAAGGCCACCCGCGGUGAUAACCUGGUACAAGGGUCGGAGAAGACAGCUGAAGCACACGACGGAGGAAAGAUCCGAGAAUCGAACCGUCAGCACGGUGGAGUUCGAGCCGGGUGUGGAGGAUCAUGGGAAAUCUAUCACCUGCCGAGCAGAGAAUCCAAACGUGACCGGACUCUUCGUCGAAAAGUCCUGGAAGAUCGACGUCGUAUAUCCGCCGAUAGUAUCGUUAAACCUCGGAUCGACCUUAAGCCCAGAGGACAUUAAAGAAGGGGAUGACGUGUACUUCGAGUGCCAUAUUAGAGCCAACCCACCCUGGUCCAAGCUCGUCUGGAUACACGACAACCAAAUCCUGGCCCAUAACACGUCGGCGAGGAUUAUCUGGUCAAAUCAAAGUCUCGUCUUGCAAAGUGUGACAAGAAGCAGUGCUGGCCGCUAUGUCUGCGCAGCAACGAAUGCUCUAAACGAGACGCGCAGCGAACCACUGCACUUUCGAGUUAAAUUUGCACCGGUGUGUAAGGAGGACCGAAUUAUAGUGGUCGGUGCAUCACGGGGCGAGUCGCUCGACAUCGCCUGUAGGGUCGAGGCCGAUCCACCAGCGCACAAUUUCCGGUGGAAAUUCAACAACAGCGGUGAGACCCUGGAGGUAGCACCUGGUAGGUUCUCCAUGGAGAAGUCGAGCGGCGUCAGCGUGCUGAGAUACACACCGUCCACCGAGCUGGAUUAUGGUACCCUUUCGUGCUGGGCAGACAAUCUCGUCGGUACCCAAUCGAGGCCGUGUCUUUUUCAGCUGGUAGCAGCCGGGAAACCGUUUCCUGUGCGCAACUGCACCCUGGCGAACCAGACAUAUACCAGCGUGGAGGUGAAAUGCGUGCCUGGAUACGACGGUGGACUGCCGCAAAAAUUCGUCCUGGAGGUUUAUCACGGCGAUGUCGACUACCUAGCCAAUAGCCAGCCCCUCUACAAUGUUUCCAACCCGGACGAGCCAUCCUUCGCUCUCGCCGGAUUGGAGGCCUCGGUGGAGGCUGGAGUCCACGUGGCGGUUUACGCGGUAAACGCCAAGGGUCGAAGUCAACCCGUUAUCCUCAGUGAGGUCACGUAUCGAGAUGCUGAGAAGCGUACCGGUCAGGAUGCUGGUAUCGUGUUGUCGCCACUGAUAGGCGUGGUGGUUGGCGCCUUGGUGACUCUAGUGCUCAUCAUCCUGGUAGUGGUGGUCCGAGUACGUCGAGAACGCGUAGCAAAACCGCGGCACGAGAAACCGGCGGAACUCAGCGAGUUACCGCCCCAACAAUACCCUUUGCAGAAUUCUCAGCAGACCGUGGAGACUGAUCCCGACGUGAUCCCGAACAAGUUCGAGGGUAACCUCGUGGAGGUCAGCCCGCCGAGUUACCCGGGUGGUUAUCCCCCGGGACACUGGGUCACGCCCGGACCUACGCCAAGCAUAGACGAGCUCUGCCACAAGUUCACGGGGAGGCCGACGGAGCUGAGGUUACCGUCGAGGAGCACGAUACCAAAUCUGCCGGGGAUGCCGGUAACAGGGAUGAUGGUGGGCGCCGGCCAAGGUGUCGUAAUCGGUGGCGCCCAGGGUGUCGUCGUGGGUGGCGGACAAGGUGUCAUCGUAGCCGGUGAGUGCCUCGACGGCGAGGCGAUCAAACGAAGACUGAUGGCGAACAGGCUGCCGGAGAGCUGCGUCUAGAAGCUUGGCGCGUCCGCAAGUGACAUGGUACCGUUGUCGCCAUCACCGUCGCCGUCGUCACCGUCAUCCUGAUGGCAUUCAAGAAUAUGGCUAUCGCGUGCGCCGCGAUCGGAGGCCGGCACGAGAUCUCGGUAAAAGGCGAGAGGUCUCGAACAUGCUCGAGAGUAUACGUACUCGUCGUGUAUCCUAGAACGAUUUCGAGGUCUCGCUACUCGGGGAAGCGUUCGCGUUGUCCCGUUUUCGUGACAGCCGUCUAUUAGCUUUAACGUGUUUGCUAACGAUCUCCGGUGCGAUCGACUCGUUCGGCGAAACGGGAAAGGACUCGCUAGCGGAGUAGUUGGAACGAUCAAUAGGACGCCCGGGGAUACGUUACGUAUCGGGGAUCGACAUUAUGUCUCGUGAACAAUUGAUUUCGCUCGAGUCCGAUGGCAACCUGAUCGGAGGGCAACGGAGGGCAAGUCUCGCGCGACGCAACUUCUCGCGGGAUGGUCUAUGAGAUUAAGAGAGACACCGUCCGUCGCGAUUGUUUCCGAAAUACGAUCGCCGCACCAGUUUCCAGUUGUGUAGCGGAAAGGAAGGGGCCGGAGGUAUGCGAAGAAGUUAACCGAAAACUCGUCGAAGUUUCCCCGUCCCGCCUCGGGAGGUAUUGCAAAGUUCUAGUAUUCUGUUUUCGGUCGUCGACUUAACCGUCUUUGCCCCUCUUUUUGUUUCAAACCGGAUGAUCUUCGACGUUGCGUCUUCUCGAAUAUUUCUCCAAGUUCGUUUCCCUUCUUUAUGGCGGCCGCGGACCAUAAAGAGAGAAUGGAAAAUCGAAUCGCGAGUUGCGAGAGCUGCGCAGAUUGAACAUCGAAUUUAAAAUCUCGUCUUUGAAAGUAUCUUGACGGAAGACUAUCAAAAUUCAUUCCUUUUAUUUCAGU